AUGAGAAGAUUACAGCUAUUUGGAAGGAAUAAAUCUCAGCCGUCGCAAGCAAAAGUAAGCGAAGAGAGCGUAUCAGCAUCGUCACCUCCCUCUUCACUAGGGUUUUUAGAAUUCUCCAAUGAUGUUUUAUGCCGGAUCUUGAACCAUUUAGAUACAAAUACGUUACUAAGCCUGUGUCAAGUUCAUUCUCGACUGUAUACAUUGGUAUCCAAUCAGUUCCUCUAUAAACAUGUCAAAUUAGAGGAUAAAUUCUCAUUACUCAAAUUUAACGUUUUGAUCCAUGGUGAGUUUAGAACCAGUAACGUCAUUAAUAGUAGGAAAUCUAACACAGAGAGUCGAAAUGCUCGGUUUUUAGUGCAAACAAUUGAAUUUAAGGAUCCUCAAUGUCAAGAUUCACUUUUGAAAUAUAGCAAAUUCCACAGACCUAAUGAAUCGCUGAUCGGUGGUACUUACCUAUUGGAUACUAAUCACAUCCCGACUCGAGAUGACCGUACAGCUCGAUAUAUCCAGUAUACCUAUAUUGAACUGAUGCUAGACAUUAUCGAUUAUCUGCCGAAUCUCAGACAUAUCAUUUUAAGCCAUGUCCAGCCAGGAUUCAAGAUCCCUCUGUGGUACUCUGCAUUUAACGAUGGGUCAAGAGAUUUCUUUAAAAAAAUUAUAAAGGAUCAACAAUCGAUCAAUAGUAAUGAUUUGAGAGCAUUUGAAGUGUCUACGAAAUUUGUGACCGACUAUGAAGCAAAGUUCUAUUCAUUGCCUCGUAUCAAGACGUUAGAAAUUAGAGCAUCCAAGGAUAAAGGAAGCAAAAAUCAAGUUGCGUUGAGAUAUAACAUGCUUUCAUGUUUUGGUGUGAUCGAUCACUUGGUUCUGGAGAACCUUGUAGUGGACACAGAGUCGCUGGAUACACCAAUGGAGUUUAUUCCGUUCCAUUUGAGGUUAGACCCUUCUGGAGUUUACGAUUUACAUUCUCCUGUACAUGCACUGACGUUAAAAUCGUGUACCAUAGUACCUGGUAAUGGUAUAUUACGUCUUGUGCACGAUUAUUUCAAAUGCGUUAGAUCUUUACAGUUGCUGGAUCUGACUAGCAAAUAUGAUAUGCUAAUUUGUAGCUGUUUCAGCUCUCUAACCGAUUUAACAAUUGACUGUAGUAGUCAUUGUUUCACACAUGAAAAAUUGGUUAGUGAUUCGUAUUAUCAAACUGAUGAGACAGCCAAUUAUGACGAUGAUUGUGAUCGUGAUUCAUUGGCGGAAACGUUAUUAGAUGUGCCCGAAGACCAUACGCUAUCAGCGCCUCCACCAACGACACCCGUGGUCAUAUCAUUAAAUCUGGGAUACUUAUCGAGAAAUCCGGGAAAUGAUCCAGAACGUAGUAAGAAGCAAAUUGCAUUAAUUACCAAAUCUCAAAACGAAUUCUUCAGUCAACUGGGGAUUCCUAAAUUUCACAUUUGUUACCAUUACUAUAAACAGCUUUGGGAUAGGCUACCACGUAAAAACAUUAACGUUAACAUCAUCAACAUUCCAUUCACAAAUGUUUAUCCAUUAUCACCGGAGCUCUAUUGUGAAAAGAUAAUUUCCUCCUUAGAUGACGAUCAACAGACUUUAAUCGGUGCAAAUAUGGAUGAUCCUGCUGAAAUGAGACAUUACUAUUGGGAUGAGUCAGUGCGUAGCUGUAUUAGAGCCAAAAUAGAUGUACUCUUAAGUCGGGGUCAACACGGUGACAUUACCGCUGAUGAAGUUCUACAAAAUACAAAAGAUGAAGCUCUUAAUAAUUAUAAAAACUCUAAAGUGUUUGCAGAUAUACCCAAUAUUAAUUUGUGGUGCUUCCUGAAAUCGUUAUCGAAAUUUAAAUCAGUAAAGAUUCAAAUGCUACGACGCUGGUUAUUUUGUACGCCAAGGUCAAGGUAUGAUUGGGAAUUGCUGCUUAGACCUGUACUUAACGUCGAUGUACCCAUUGAAGUUCGCGAUAAGGACGGGUUUGUGCUCUACUCAUACGGAUCAGUUAAAAAAGCUUAA